AUGACUUCAAUUGGUACGGGUUACGAUUUAUCAAACAGUGUUUUCUCCCCAGAUGGGAGAAACUUUCAAGUAGAAUAUGCUAUGAAAGCAGUGGAGAAUGGUGGUACAUCAAUUGGUAUAAAAUGUAAAGAUGGUGUAGUAUUGGCAGUUGAAAAAAUCAUUCAGUCGAAAUUACUUGUUCCAGGCAAAAAUAAACGAAUCCAAACUGUGGAUAGACAUGUGGGUGUGGUAUAUUCUGGUUUAUUACCAGAUGGUCGUCAUUUUGUCAAUAGAUGUCGUGACGAAGCACAAUCAUACAAAUCCAUUUUCAAAACUCCUAUCCCAGUACCAAACUUGAUGGAUAGAAUGGGAAUAUAUGUUCAAAAUUACACCUGUUACAACUCAGUAAGACCUUUUGGAGUCGUUUCAAUCGUUGCUGGGGUCGACGAUAACGGUCCUCAUUUAUACAUGAUAGAACCAAGUGGUACCUGUUGGGGUUACAGUGGGGCUGCCACCGGUAAAGGUAGACAAAGUGCAAAAUCUGAAUUGGAAAAGUUAAACUACGAGGAAUUGACCUGUGCUGAAGCCAUAAAACAUGCUGCAAGAAUCAUCCAUUUGGCACAUGAAGACAAUAAGGACAAAGAGUAUGAAUUGGAAAUAUCCUGGGUUAGUAAAGAACACACUGGAGGUAGACAUCAAUUUAUUCCAGAUGACGUUUUAGAAGAUGCAAAAAAACAUGCAGAAGAAGAAGAUGAUGAUGAAGACGAAGAAGAAGAGGAAGAUCAAGAAAUGGCAAGCUAG